UUCUAAAAAAAGGUUGAGACUAAAAUCUGACAAUUAACUGAACAGUUUCAAUGAACAAGAUUAACUGAUUGUCUUUUGCUGAAUGAAUAUUUAUUUCCAUCAAUCAGUUGAUUAGUUAAUUUGUGUUAAUCAACAUCAAGUUCAUCUUUUUACCUAAAAGAUAAAAGAAACAAUCAACAAAAUUUGUCUUCUCAUCUGUUAAACAUUUUCACUUUUUUGUUGUCUUCAUUUUUGUUUCCCUAUGUGAUUGUGAUUGUGUUUACAUCUGGAAAUUGAUUGAUUCAUGAUUUAUUAUCUUCAUCAUCCAUGUUACAAUUAUUAAAUAUCAUCUCAAAUUAAUUGUCUAUUGGUUGGUUGGUUGGCUGUGGUGUUUAAUCACUUGUUUCCUUUCUCUAUUCUCUAGUGAUUUAUAUAUAUUUUUUUUUAUUCUCUUAUGUUUCUCUUCAAUCAUUUUCUCUGGUGUUUUUCAAUUGUGAACAAACAAAUUGCAUUUUAUAUUUUAAAAUGAAUCAUGACUCUAAUAUUUUAAUAGUGUUAAUUAUUUUUCUGACCAUUGGGCAAUCUCAAUUUUCCAUUGUCACUGGACAUAUAUGCAACCAUAUACCACCAAAAAUAGAAGAGGUUGGGUUUGUUCAUCUUCAUUCUGAACAUUCACAUCGAAAACAGCGAGCAAUUAAUGGUAACAGUAAUUUACGAAUUAAGGUUCACUAUGAUUCAUCUGUAUUUGAUUUACCAAAAGAUAAAUUUAAUAUAAUCAAUAAUACUAUUUUACCACAAGCCUUGGAUUAUUGGCAAAAAGCUUUACAAGUCACUCCAUUAGGAAGUCCAAUUAUAAUCAGCAGGAAGUGUCCCAAUCAUGAAGUCCUAUUUCCUCCAAAGAAUCCAAAACAUCAACAUUGUAUAGAAAAAUGUGAACCAAAGACGACCUGUGGUGAAGUUGUAGUUCCAGAGGAGCAUUUAGAUAUUUGUAGGAUCUGUAACAAAGCUUUUGAGAACUGUCAUGAUACUGGUAAACGCUCAAAAGAUGCUGGCGUCAAAGAUGCAGAUUUUGUCUUCUACAUAUCAGCCAUGCAAACAGAUCGAUGUCAAAAAGGAGCAACCGUUGCUUAUGCUGCUCAUUGCCAACAAGAAUCUCAAACUGAAAGACCAAUAGCUGGACAUGCCAAUCUUUGUCCUCGGUCCAUUUCAACUAAACCUCAAGAUUUGGAUACUCUUCUGUCAACCGUUAAACAUGAGAUUCUUCAUGCUCUUGGUUUCUCCAUUUCUCUUUAUGCAUAUUUCCGUGACAAAGAUGGUAUCCCAUUGACACCAAAGGGUAAAAAUGGACGACAUGGGGUAAACAAAGAGCUCAGUGUACCCGAGUGGAGUGAAAAAGUGGUUCGUAAAGUUAAACGAAACCGAUGGUUGGUCAGUGCAGGUUAUUUGCAUAAAGAAACUCAUAUGGUUGUCACACCGAGAGUUGUGGAGGAAGUUAGAAAACACUUCAAUUGUUCUGAAUUGGAAGGUGCUGAGCUUGAAGAUCAAGGCGAAGAUGGAACCAUUUUGACUCAUUGGGAGAAACGGGUUUUUGAGAAUGAAGCCAUGACUGGAACUCAUACUCAAAGUCCAGUUUACUCUCGUAUUACUUUAGCUUUCAUGGAAGACACCGGAUGGUAUAAACCUAAUUACUCGCUGGCUCAACCAUUAGAAUGGGGUAAAAAUCUUGGUUGUGAUUUUGCAAUGAAAAGUUGCAAGGAAUGGAUUGAUAAGAAACGUCGUGAAGGCAAAAGUAUUCAUCCAUUUUGUGAGAAGGUCAAAGAGGAACCAUUGGAAACUGAGUGUACCGAUGCUCGAGAUGCUGUGGCUUUGUGCAAUUUAAUAAGAUACGAUGAUUAUUUACCUGUGUUGUAUCAAAAUUUUGAUUCCAUUAAAGGAGUUGGAUCAAAUAAAACUUUACUCGCCAAGUAUGGUGGCUCGGUUAGUUUAGCUGAUUACUGUCCAUAUAUUCAAGAGUUUACAUGGAAAUCAAAGGAUGUUGUCGUCCGAGGUUCUCAGUGUCAAUUUAUCGAGAACAGUCCACCAGUCGAUAAAAAUUUCGCUCUUGAAUUUUAUGGACCAAAUUCGAGGUGUUUUAAUCAUAAAGAGAAAUGGGAAGAACGUGCCUGCUCACAAAGUCGCCAAUGGCAACAUUGGGGUUCCGGUUGUUAUCAGUACGAAUGUUUCAAUGGUAAAAUACACUUGGAAAUAGCAAAUUUAACUUAUGUUUGUGACUAUAAAGACCAAGAAAUUAAAAUUCAAAGACUGGUCAAUGGUUGGCUUCAUAUGGGAAUUAUAAUUUGUCCACCAUGCGAUGAAUUAUGUCCUAAUACAAUUUGUAGAGAUUUCAUCAAAACCAAAUUAAUAUCAGAUAAUGACAAUAAAAUUGAUUACUUGCAAUGUGGAUCUCAAUUAAAUCAAGCAAAUCAAACUGUGAUUCUAGUACAUCUGAUUAUAUUAUACUAUUUGUAUUCAUAUUGGAGUUAAUAUUAACCUAUUGAUUUAUCAACUUUUUUUUUCCUAUUCCAACAAUUAUCCUUAAUCCAAUUGAAAUUUUUCUUCUUUUUUUUCGUUUCAUUUGAUUGCUUGGAAAUAUUUUACUAUCAACACAAUAAUCUGACACAUGACCUUCAAGUGGAUAAGUUUAGUGUUUAAAGCUUAUUGUUCUGAUAUACAAUUAUCAUCAUUUACUUCAAUUACAAUUUAGAAAACAAGUUUACACUCUGAUCUUUGGACACUCUUUUUAUCCGCUACCAAAAUUAAUUGUAUUAUACAAAGAAAACAAUUGUAUUGUGUACAACUAAAUCAUUUUGUAAUUCCAA